AUGGCGACGGCGAAUGAAGCUGAGGAUACCGCGGCCGUGGAGAUCCGGGGCCCACUGCAGCCGGGGGAUGGCGCCGUGGCGGCGCUGUCGGGGGCGGAGGCGCGGUCAGCGGCGCGUCCACCUGCAGAAACAGGGAGCGUUUCUGAAGAAGAGGGCGACAGGAAACUGAUCCAGGCGGCUCAGCAGGGGGCUCUGGAGCAGCUGCCCCUGUUGCUGGCAGCAGGGGCGGACGUCAGGAUGAGGGACGCGUCCGGGCAGACUGCCCUACAUUGGGCAGCAGACAAGGGACACCUGCAGGUGGCGAGGUGUUUAUUGGAGGGCGGGGCCGAGGCUGACGCCAGAGACGGCGGGCAGAGCACUCCUCUGCAUGUGGCUGCACUGUACGGCCACACAGGUCUGGUCCAGCUACUGCUCGAGUCGAAAGCCGACCCCAACGCCAGGAACGAGUUAGGGAGGACGCCUCUGCAUUUUGCGGCAGUCUUUGGCCACGAAGAGUCGGCAGCUGCACUGCUCGAGGCAGGGGCCGACAGAGAGGUCAGGGACAGAGGCAGACAGGAAUACGGCUCCGGUCUAGAGGAGCGUCGCCGCGCUUCCGGUGGUUCAGCCGUCCUGUGGCGGACCUCCGCUUCGCUCGUCGUCAUAUUGAACCCGCGCUCCCUGCGAAGCGCAGUGCCUCUGUUUGCUCCCCGGUGUCGACAGCAGACAAUGCAUCCGGCGGGCGCAGUUGCCACGCUGGCUGCUCUGCUUGCAGCAAACGGGACCUCUGUGAUGGACUGCGUCUGCAGGCACAUCAAGAAGGUUCAUGACUCCGGCAGAGUCUCGGAACUCAGUGUCUGUCAACUUGUGAUGUGGUGGAGCUACUGCGACUAUUCCGGAGAUGAGAGCACGGUAUAUGUGGAGUCGUCGUUCGCGGGCCAGGCUGGACUGGAGCUCUGGAGUCACCAGGAGAUGCUCCCACCAGCUGCCGCUGCAGCGCGGGGUGGCGUCUGGAGCGCCCUGCCGCCUACAGUCCAGCUGAGUCUCGUCCAGCCUGGAGUCUCCUGUCCAUACCCGCACUGCCAGCUCUGA